CAUGAUUUUGUGCAAUUUCUAGAAAAUUCGCCCCCAAGAAACUUCCAGAUAACCCCAAAUAACAAUAAAUAAAUACACACUCCCCUUAUUCAGUCGUUAGUUUAUACACUUCUUGUUGAAAAGGCAGAAACGUUACUAUACUGACAAAACAAAAUGUCUGUAGUCGGCUUCGACAUCGGUUACCAGUCAUGCUACAUAGCUGUGGCACGAGCUGGUGGCAUCGAGACAAUCGCUAAUGAAUACAGUGACAGGUUAACACCGACGUAUGUAGCUUAUGGUGAACGACAGCGCCUCAUGGGUGUCAACGCCAAAAACGCCCAGCCGUCAAAUGUCAAAAAUACCAUCACAGGGUUCAAGCGUUUCAUUGGACGAUCAUUUGACGACCCCAUCGUACAAGAGGAGAAGACGAGGUCAUUUUAUGACGUCGUGAAGCGGCCGGAUGGUGGGACAGGCAUAAAGGUUCAGUACCUCGGGGAGAGUCAGCUUCUCACCCCUGAACAAGUGAUGACCACCAUGUUGACCAAACUAAAGGAGACUGCCGAGGUCGCUCUCAAGACCAAAGUGGUGGACUGUGUCAUCGCUGUCCCGAGUUACUACACGGACCGGGAGAGACGUGCGAUGAUGGAAGCGACGCAGGUGGCCGGUUUGAAUUGUGUGAGACUGAUGAACGAAACGACAGCAGCUGCUCUGAGUUAUGGCAUAUACAAGCAAGACCACCCCGCAAUGGAGGAGAAACCCAGGGUGGUUGUCUUUGUCGAUAUGGGACACUCAAGUCUACAGGUGUCAAUCUGUGCAUUUAACAAAGGAAAACUUCAGAUGAAAGCAAUGGCCUCAGAUCCAAAUCUCGGCGGACGUAACUUCGAUGAUGUUAUAUUCGAAGCAAUGGCCGAGGAAUUCAAAUCAAAAUAUAAAGUCGAUGCAAAAACGAAACCGAGGCCGACACUGCGUCUGCGUACAGAGAGCGAAAAACUAAAAAAACUGAUGAGUGCAAAUUCUACCGAUAUUCCGAUGAACAUUGAGUGUUUCAUGGAGGAUAAGGACGUGACAGCAAGAAUGAAUCGGAAAAGAUUCGAUGAACUUGCCGCGCCUUUGUUGGCCCGGGUUGAAGCGACGUUGCAAUCUGUGUUGAAAGAUUCGGGAGUGACUCUAGAAGAUAUCGAGUCAGUCGAGAUCAUUGGCGGUGCCACUCGAAUUCCCGCCAUCAAAAAUAUCGUCUUUUCGGUGUUUGGCAAAGAGGCAUCGACGACGCUAAAUGCUGAUGAAGCGGUUGCUCGGGGUUGCGCCCUCCAGUGUGCCAUUUUGUCACCGACGUUCCGUGUGCGUGACUUCAAUAUCACAGACUGCCAGCCAUAUCCUGUCUUGUUAAAGUGGUCGAAUGCACUAGAAGGCGAGGACAAUCUUGAAGUGUUCCCAAAGUUCCACGCGAUCCCGUUCUCCAAGAUGUUAACUUUCUACAGGAAAGAGCCAUUUGAGUUGUUUGCUUACUAUUCAACUGAUAACAUUCCACACUUUGACCCAAAGAUUGGAAGUUUUGUUGUAAACAAAGUCACGCCGCAAAAGGAUGGUGAGAGUGCAAAGGUCAAGGUGAAACUGCGUGUGAACAUUCAUGGCAUCUUCAAUGUGGCGUCUGCUUCGAUGGUUGAAAAGGCUGAACAGGAAAAUGAGGUCGCAGCAGAGCCAAUGGAGACGGACGAUGUCUCGCCGACUGCCGAGAAGAAGGAAGAGGAGGCUAAGGUCAACAAUGGGGAGGCGAAACCAGAGGGGGAGAAGGAGGCUCCGAUGGACCAGGACCAGCAGACAGCAGAAAAAGAUGCUGAGAAGGAAGAGACCAAGGAAGAUGCCAGUGGUGACAAUAACAGUACCACGCCUAAGAAGGAGGAGAAAGAAACAAAGAAGAAGAACAAAGUGAAAAUGAUAGAUUUACCAGUCGAGCCACGGGUGCCCGCCUUGACCAAAGAACAAAUCAACCUGUGUGUGGAAAAAGAAAAUCACAUGAUUGCACAAGACAAACUCGAGAGGGACCGAACACACGCUAAGAAUGCGGUUGAAGAGUACAUCUACGAAAUGCGAGAAAAGCUCUGCUCCGACUUAGAAGAGUUCAUAUCGGAAGAGGAACUUGAGAAGUUCUCAAGUCUGCUAUCAAAUGCUGAAGAAUGGUUAUAUGACGAGGGAAGUGACCAAAUGAAGCAGGUCUAUGUGGAUAAAUUAGACGGGUUAAAGAAAUACGGCACGCCUGUUGUGAAUCGCUAUGUGGAGUCACAGGGUAGGAAGUACGCAUUUGAAGAAUGCGGCCGAGCGCUUAUGGUGAUCCAGAAAGCACUUGAUGCUUAUCAUGCAAAGGAUGAGAAAUAUGACCACAUUGAAGCCGCCGAGAUGGAGAAGGUAGAGAAAUGUUUAAAGGAAAAACGCGAUUGGUUCGAGAAGAAUUUGAACCAGCAGAGUACGAGAAAGAAGCACGAAGACCCAAUCGUACUCACGUCGCAGGUUCAACAAACUAAGAAGGAAUUAGAAAAUCGUUGCAAUCCAAUUCUCAACAAACCAAAGCCGAAAGUGGAACCGCCGAAGGAAGAAAAGAAGGUGGAAAAUGGAAAAGACGCCGCGCCCACAGCCGAGGAACCCAUGCAGAAUGAUACGAAGGCCGCUGACCCCAAGCCGGAGGAAAAGCAACCGGAAAUGGAUGUCGAUUGAUCAAGACUUUAACUUAACUUAAUUCUAAUUCUGUCUCGGUUGGCCAUGUGUGUUCGAUUCUAAGUUUCUCAUUCCUGCUCUGAUGGUAAUAAUAAUAGUGAGUUGUUAUAUAGCGCUUUUCAUUGUAAUAUCUACUGUCUCAAAGCGCUUUUCAUUGUAAUAUCUACUGUCUCAAAGCGCUUGACAAUCGCAAACAUUAUUACCAGCCUUCUAGAAACCUUCUGGAGAACCGAGGGUGGCCACAAUCUAGCACACAAGGGCUUUUCCAGCCACUUGUGCUUGAUUUGAUUCUGUGAGCUGAAACAAUCCUAAAGGCCAACUCCGCUCAUCGAAAUAAUUAUUUGAAUAUUUAACUUGAAUUUGAAAAUUUCCAAUUGUGUAAAUACAUACUGAAUGUGACUUUUAUCAAUUCCCUUGUGUGGACUGUUGUACAAAUACUGUAAAUGCCAGGUUUCAGUGACCUUGCAUGCAUAGCAACUGCAUGAUAGCAAUGAUUAUUUCUGUUUACCUUAUCCACAGAAAAAAGCAAUGAGCACGAAUGGUAGGCCUUGAAGCACUUUUAAAAUGAAGGUUUAGACAUUUUGAGAAUCGCCACUUUAUCGGAGUCCGCUCUCUGUUGUGAGGAUCUCACGAUCGUCAGGAAUGAUUCAGUUAGAACGACGCACAUGACAAUUGAGUAUUAUUAAAAUUAUCAAAGUUGACGCUUGAUAAAGUAUGAUUCACUGCAGGGCUUAUUACCUGUAUAUUGUAAAAGUUUUGCUUGAAAAUAGAGCAGUUUGUGGAUCUGCUAUCCACAGACAUGUGCAUUUCUUGUAAAAAAGGUUUCUUCAACAUUUUGCCUCAUCUGCAGGGUAACGCUGAGCCAAUAGGGGUAUGUAGACAAGCUUAUUUGUCAACUUGAUUGGUUUGAAAGCAUUUUGAAUAAGUUAUCUUCUCUGUGAAUUGCAAAAGUUAAUGUUUAGUAAAUGGUGAUUCGCUACUAUUUAGAAUGUCUCCGUUGAAUGUAUCGUGGCACCUAGGCCAAGGCUACAAAUAAUCCGCUUUACGGGCAAACAUUAGGAUUUAUUUUGCACAACAUUAACAGGAGUUGCAUUUAGAUUUUGUAUAUGACAUUGUACUUCCUGAAUAGCAAAUCAUUCUGAUUGGUCUAAAGGUAUAGAUUUUAAUUGAUUGGAUUGAUUGAUUGAUUGAUUGAUUGAUUGACAGGUGUCAGUUGGUUAACUGCUAAAGUGAAGCAAGAUGUUAGGACCGGUGUGCCUCCAAAGGCUAUAAAUACAGGAUGUCACGAUGUCCAACCAAUCAAAGGCCAGAGUAAUGUGUUCAUUUCAGACUAAAUGUAAUGUACAUAUACGUAAAUGUGUUUUUCACUGGGCUCGUAUGCUGAUUAAAUAGUUUCCAACUUGUCUUUUGUAAAUAACUUUCUCAGUUACUGCAAACUGUUGUAAUGGAAAAUAGGCCCUACCUGGCUAUCAUGUAUUUUGUUGAUGUUAGGUGACUUGGUCUGGGUCUCUUGCGUUUAUAGCCCUCUAUAUUUCUUGGAUCAAACUAAUGUUCCCCGGGUGAGUGUAGCUUGUUAAGAGAGGUUACACCCCAGCGCGGAUGAAUAGAAUAAUUUUGCUACAUGAUGUGCUGGGCACUUCAUCACUUCCCGAGGGGUGCAAUGAACAUCGCCAAAAACUUACUCAAAGUGUCUGACAUCGUCCACAGUGAGGUUAACAAGUUCAUGAAGUCUUUACUUGUGACAUUGUAAAUAAUCUUCUGGUGGAAUUUUUUUCGAGUUUCUGCAGUACACUAUAUUGUCACCAGCAUUCGUGUCUGAGAUGAUAACGAUAGAAAUAAGAUAGAGUUUCAUUGUGAUCACUACCGUCGGCUGAAUUGAGUGGAAAGACAAAUUAAUUGAUGUUUUGGGUUACAUGCUUACCAAUUUGCUGAAACUUGGUCCAAAUAGUUUUAUCUUUCUACAAAAGGGUAUCGUUGAAAUUUAUAUGUAUUUACAUAAUUUGAAAUUUUCAAAUUCAAUUACAAAUUGUGAAUAUUCAACGAAUGGCGUAGGCCUUUAAAGGGAGACUGUUGGUAGGAUAUUACGGGGUAAAAUUAGAAAUUGUCAUCAAUUUUAUGCCAUGUGAUUCUAAUCAAUGCCAAGACUCCAAGAGGCUGUCGACCAAAACCUCGCCAAUGACUCACUGAUUUGACCGACUCUGCUGAAAAUGUUGUGAAAUAUAAAAUGGCCGUUUCUAGGGGACACAUCCCUUCGUUGACAAAACAGUUCAUGUGAUAAACAUCUGUAUAUUGGACGUAAUAGUAGAGAUGUCUGGUUCAAAUUCUCAUCUUUUGGUCUUGUGCUGAUUUCCAUCAGAUUUAGUUAGGAAUUUGGACUAGGAUUUAGUGUUGUUGAUUCGUAUGAUGUGUGUUUUUUAUGUGCUUUCGUAUUUCCAUGUCUCGGCCUUGUUUCGAUGAAAUAUACAUCCUUGGAGCCAAUUAGAAUGGAGGAACUUGAGAGAAAAUGUCUCAUCUGUUAUAAGAAUGUGAAAUGAGUAUUUCAGGCUAAAAGAUGUAUGCCCCCCUUUGUAACACUCAAGUCUAUACACCUUUCCAGAACUAGGGCGCUGAGUGUCCGAAAUAGUGAUGUCAUAAGGGGAAAGUAGGCCUUAUGGUGGAGAGACAAAGGAGAUAGUCAUGGUUGACCAACACACUUGAAUGCCUUUGAUGACGGACAAGGGGGGAAAAGUUAGUUCCAAUGCAAGCCACCAAUUUCGGGAAGCAUGUAUACCAGGCACAAAUAUUGAAAAGUAGCUUAUGAUGGAUGUAUUCCAGUGGUUCUAAUAAAGAUCGGUGUAUAAAGGCCUUUAAAUUCAGACGAGAGUGAUUGUGAUUAUUUUGGCCCUUGAUUGACGUGCUUGUUUCACUCACACAACAACCAAAAAGAAAGAACCCCAUUGCACCAAAACAGAAAGAUUGUAAAAUUAUGGCUUCGAUUUGAAAAAAUAUUGUUCCAAUCGUUCCACCUCAAUUUAAUAUACACUAAUGUUGGCAGUGCAUUAUGUUAUGAAACCUUCAAUAUUUACUGCAUAGUUUAAUGCAUCGAUGCAUAUGAUUAUUGUACUAGUAAUGCUAAUUUACUUCCUGGCAGGUUGCUCCUCGCUUUCUGUGAGGAACUUGAAGUGUACUAAUGUUUCAUUAACUCAAACUUUAUUUCGAUGCACCCAUUGCACGAAUCACUGUCAUUGUUUGGGAAGGAUGACUUUCCCAAUUUUGUGUAUGUUGAUGUUAUGCUGAAUAAGUUCAUGUAGCGGACCUAUUCAUCAUCACAGUAUAAGUAAAUAAAAAAUGUUCAAAAUUUCUAA